GGAACGUCAAAACCAGAAGGAGUGGAUGAACUCAGAUGGCGCGACGGAGACACUGACCAUGAUCUCACCGAUGACGCUCGAUAAGCCCGUGCUCCUGGGAAGAAGUACAUGUUCUCCCAUUCGCUAUUCUAGGGCCGGUUCCUGAAUUUCACCUUGUCCGCAAUCGAUUCUGCUCAUUUAAUCCAUUUGCGCGGUCCUGGAUAGGCCGAUGCAUAUCAUUCCAUGCCCAAGUUCAUGGCAGGAUUUCCCCACUUCACUCAUUCGAACGGACAGACUCCACACUCUCCAGCAUACAAGCCCUUCACCGGUCGUGAUGAUACUGCUUGGAUUCUCCUAUCAUUUCCCUACUUCCUUCGGCGUGCGCAACAUUGCUGUUGUUUGCUCAUCCUGUACAACUGACACCACGCCCAAAGCGGCAUAUUGUCGCCGACUUGGUAACAUCGGUCCCGGAUGUCUCCUUAUAUCCGCAUAUGAGCGAGUGUCGCUUGCCUGGUCAACAGAUGCCCUAGGGUGCUGUCAACUUGUCCCACAGCCUGGACGAAACUAUCCCUCAGAGCAUGGCAUUGUGCUGUGUCACCCAAGGUGCCUCCGGUUCCCAACAACUGCACGUGGCUCCCCUCCCGCUCGAACCCGCAGCAAAUGCCUCGCCCCCUGCAUGGUGCACCGUUUUCUGGACAGUUAAAUAGACUCCGCUCAUCCAAGGUACCUACAGAAUGGGAACCACGUCAAUCAAUAUCCAAUCCGAUGACCCAAAGAGCAAUGCGCCCUUCUAUGCCAGUAAACGAUAUGCGAGACUCCUUCCAGUCGCCACCAUUCGCCAUGGAUCAGAGGAUGGGACCCCGGCCACCCGAUCCCAUAAAUCACGUCCCG